AACCUCCGUCUCCCUCCCUCCACUGUACACUACAACCUGCAUCUCAUGUUCUCAAACAGUGUGAAUAUCACUGCUAACUUCUUCUAAGAUGUCAACUUCUGCAGCUUGCUUCGAGAACCCACCAACACUAAGCUCAACAUACGGAAAAGGAACUGUCCUAGAAUUUGGGGGCAUGAAGACUUACGUUACUGGCUCAACUGAAUCUAAGCUUGCAGUCCUUCUAGUCUCCGAUGUUUUUGGAUAUGAAAACCCAAAUAUAAGAAGGAAACUUGCGGAUAAAGUUGCUGCAGCUGGAUUUUUCGUGGUGGUUCCCGAUUUCUUUUAUGGCGACCCUGUGAAUUUUGAUAAUCCUCAAUUCGACCGAGAGUCCUGGUUAAUAGCUCACAGCAAGGAAAAAGGAUACGAGGAUUCCAAAUCAGUCCUUGCAGCAUUAAAGAGUCAAGGUGUUUCUGCAAUAGGAGCUGCAGGAUUUUGCUGGGGAGGGGUUGUAGUGGCAAAACUUGCAAAAUCUGAUGACAUUAAGGCUGCUGUGAUAUUGCAUCCUGGCCGGUUAGCAGAUGAAGAUAUACAUGAGGUUAAGGUUCAUACUGCAAUAUUGGGAGCUGAGAUUGACAAAACUUCACCACCAGAACAAUUGAAACAAUUUGAGGAGAUUUUAUCAGUGAAGUCUGAGUUUGAUAGCUUUGUGAAAAUAUUUCCUGGAGUGGCUCAUGGAUGGACAAUGAGGUACAAUGCAGAGGAUGAAUCUGCAGUCAAGAGUGCUGAAGAGGCUCAUUUGGACAUGUUAAAUUGGUUUACCAAGUAUGUCAAGUAAGAAAACAUGUAGGAAGUGAGCUUUGAAGCUCAACAAUCCUUGGGACAUGGAAAACUCUGCUUCUUCAUGAUAGAGUACGAAAUUGGAAUGAAAGCGCCCCCAAAAACCGUUUGACAUUUGAUGGCUGAGAAUAAAAUAGCAUUCAUAUACUUUCUCCAUGCAUAUCUUGUUGUAUGAAACGUUGUCAUUGAGCUACGAGCAAAUCCAUCCCAUGAUUUUGCGAUCGUUUAAAGGAACUUGUAUCUUACCUCAAAAUAUACAGCACUGUUUGUACCAGUGAGAGUUUGAACCUAGGAUGUAUCAACUCUUCAUCCGUUUCUUUUUAUUAUUGAAUUGCUCAUUCAGGUUGAAAAA